AAUCACCAGAUCGCGUCUCGCUUCUUGUUCUCUUCACAAUUUCCUUACGGACGCUGAUUAGAGACCCUGGCUAAAUGAGCUUUUAAUACGUAAACCAAAUUCACGAUAAAGAAAAUGACCAAUCGGAUAAUCGUGUACGGUGCAAGGCAUCGCGGGUAACGUUAAGAAAUUCGACCGCGGACAGUUCGUUUAAUUUUAAAGCUUUUGCAGUGGGACAGAGAGUCAGUAUAGUCAUUCUAUUAGAUACCCGGGAGAGAUCUAUAGCCGUAACGUAGAGCGUCGUACCGUGUAAUUUAGUGAAAGAAAAAAAAAAUAAAUAAAAAGAAAAAAUAUCUCAACUUCACACUGUAAACCACUAUGUCAUACACGGAAUUAUAAGCAUCUAAAUAUGAUUAGGUAAAUUAAUCAUUGAAAUUGGAUGGCGAUUAUCGCGAGUACAUAAACACGUAUCAAUAAUGACGCAAGAAUGGUCACUUGUUAUAUUAAUUUGUAAGAUCUAUAACUCCGCGGAUAUAAAGAUAUACUUUUUUUUUCAAACAAUCCAAAUUCGAAUAAUGUCAAAUCAUCUAACGACGGGACAUUAAAUCACGCAUACAGUAUUGGAAUUGUGUACGUCAAUCUCUUCACAACGAGGACAUAGUGUACAAUCUGGUUGGGUCUUAAGUCCCCUAAUCGUUUAAUGGCUAUGAAUGUAGAUCAUAGGUAUAGCCUAGUCAAAUUAUGUGAUUGACUUCACUACAAUGAGAAGUUCAUUGCCGAUUGGGGUUUUGCGUGGACAUCGACACGGUAACGGUUGAUCGAUCUGGACAUCGGUCGAGUAUUUCCAAAGUAGCACUGCGGUACCAAGGAUUAUUUGCAUCUGUUGUAACGUGUAUUGUAUGUUUAUAAUGCAGCGAUCUAAUUUAUCGACGUUGCAAAUGCAGGGGCUCUAAUGCAAUAUACACUCUUGUAUUAUAUAUUGUAUAUAUAUAUACAUAUAUAUACUUAGGGAGUACAUUAAUUCGUAAGGAUCCGUGUCGGGCCUGGAGUCACUGUGAAUAAUACAAGGGGCCCAAUGGGCCUUAUACUGUACAAUCACAAUAGCGUAACACUUACCCGGUAGAGUGAGGAUGAUGACGGCCUCUCAGGCAUGAAAGGUACUUGGACCCCGGGAGGGGCCUCGACAACCGCGUCUUAACAACGGGAAAUUCUUGUGCGCGAAGAAAAGAAUGAAAAAAGAGAGAAUAACGCGAGAAAGAAGGAAGGAAAGAAAUGGCGAAGAAGUCGGACAAAAAGGAAAAUAUUUUCCACGUUGAAAGGUGCUGGAAGAACGAAGAAGCAUCGUGAGAGUGAACGUAAUGAAUCUUUUAGAAAUUUUUUUUUUUCAGGGGAGAGAGUUUUUUUUAUCUUUUACGUAAAUUAGAAAAACAAUUUUCGGUACUUUUAGGCCAUUACGGCGAUACGGUCGACGGCGUACGACAAGAGGUGUACUACUGGAGUGUCCGUGGUUUACGUUUGACCAGUGUCUUGAUAUGAUACGUUAAAAUAGUCGAUUUGGAUGAAAAAAAGGAAAUAACUUUUGAGCCCCGAUGAGAAACUCGAGGUUACUUCAAAGUUUGUGAAACCGGUUCAACUAGUUGUAAACUAGUCACGAUCUUCUGAACCUGGCAUUAAAAGGUACUCAAAUGAGGUAUCGUGCAUGGAUGAUUGACGGCUAAUGACAUUAGACUACAUACAGAUACGCAUAUACAUAUCUAAGCAUAGACGUUCACCAAUUCAAAGCUACUAUUCAAAGUUAGUCAGUCAAUUGGACGUAUACGGGAAAACCAACUUCAGUUAGUGAUCUACUCGUUAGCCCCGUAUAUAAAAAUAAGAGAAUUUUUAAUAAACUAAUUUGCACGUUCAGUUAUAAAAAUCAAUUUUUAUUUGCUAUAUUAUAGUCUCGUACCACUUCGAGAUCCUUUUUUUUAUCGUGCAAUUCCGUAUUUAUCAUUUUAAAUGUCGCACAAGACAUCUAAAAUGGAAAUCAAAUUAGUGUAAUUAAUUCAGCGAAUAGACUGGGCCGAGUCCCGAAGGGGACUGUUUAUACCGAAACAUUUCCAUAUGUGGAUUAGUGGAGAAUGUGGCUGCUGUGAAAUAUCGAGAGAAAAAAAAAUGGAAUAACAAGGAAGCUCUGAUAAGUUUUGCCUUCAAAGUAGUUAGGUUAUUUACGAUUACGGUGAUUUUGCGAAGUGAUGGAAUUUUUGCGCAGCACGACACGCGACGUCGUGGCUCCUUAUGAUAUCGUCCAAUGUGAUUUUAACUUAAGAAACACUAUAAAAACAAAAAAUAUUGCAAUACCGUAUUCAAUUUGUAUUCAGGAUUCUCUGAAAAUAUUUAAUUACCGAAUGCUAAUAAAACGUAGUAAAUCGUAUGAAAUCAUUUUUAACGUUAUUCUGUAAACAAGUACGUUUAACCUCUGAACUCGAAAUUUUAAUAAGAAAAUUAAUUAUGUCUGAUGCUACUCUUUCAUUCCUUUCAUUUUUUCUUCCAUCGUUCGCUCUUGGCAAAACAAAAUUACCAACCGACCUAUUAGGAUCCGCCAGGCUAAUUAUACAAUCAGACUAUACAAUCUUAUAAAAAACAUUCAAAUAACUGAAAUUCCUCGAAAAUCCGUUAUCAUCGAUAUCGUAUCUCGCUAAUAAAAAUCGCAUCGAUCGGACGUUUGGUAAAUUCUUGACUGUAUUUUGCAAUUCUAUAUUACUCAAGAAAUUAGCAUAAAAGUCUCGUGUCACGAGAAGAGUGACCACAGCGGACGAUAAAAAGUCAGAUUAUCGAAAUCGUAAAAUAAAACAGAAAGAAAAUACAAGAGUAGUUAGAAAAAUGGAGAAACAACACGAGUGCCAAUCGCUAUGUAUAGCGUGCCGAUAUUCCCGAGCAAGUGUCGUUUUUCGUGUGAAUCCAUAACCUCAACGAGCAUCACGUGUUACAUUACGAAUUUUCUCACCAAAAGGUGCGUCUAUUCGCACGAUUUUUAUCAAGGAGGUCCUACUUGCGCACAGUCGUGCCACAGGACACUGCGAACCCAUUACAAUUAUUCUGGCGGAGGUCGAGGGCCCCGAAUUGGCGGCCAUACUUGGUUUCGUGUAUACCGGAAGCGCCGCGGUACCAAAGGGACGAUUGGACGCGUUCCUAAGAGCCGCCAAGGCUCUGAGCAUUAGAUUGCCACCGCUACCGGAAAUGAUAACGUCUUGUAUGGACGAUUUAAAAGUGGAGGACUUUAAGGAUGUCAAAGUGAACGCACGUUAUCUUAGAUGCGAGCAAUAUCCUUGUCAUGACGGUUGGUGUCACGCGAGGACCUUCGACAGGAAUUACUGUUCUCCAAAUUACACGGACAAGUGUCAUGGCGCGUUACCGAUGUCGUGUGAAGGAUCAUUAAAUAAAAAAAUGUGUAACUCAUCUAAGGACGAAUCGCUCGAUGCGUUUCCUGCCGGAACGACCGAGGCUCCUUACACAACCAGACGUACAAACGGCAGGAUAAUUUUGGAGAAGAAUCUUAAUCGUCUGGAUUACCCGAAGGAACCGGUGAGCGAAAGAAUUUUGGAAAAUUCGGAAAAAAUCAGCGAAACUCAUUCCUUCGUAAAGAUCCCCGAGGCCAAGGACUUUUCAAUGGGAUUGUUGGGAGCUUCCGGAAAAAUGAUGGAUAUUCACGAACUACCUGGAAACAUUCAAAAUCCAUCAAGGAUCUAUGAAUCAUCCCGAGAGCCUGAUCGCAUCUUAGAAAAUUUACUCGAGUCACGUGUUCCUACGAUCCGAUCCAAGGUCGAUCUUAAGGAUCGAGAAGUCUCUACGCUACAGAUGGGCGAAGAUUUAACCUGUAGCGAAAGAUGCUGCAGAUGGAAAUAUCAAAAGAGACACGUAGCCAAUAGAGUCACAGCAUCCCCAUGGAGACAACUAGCUAGACCACAUCAUUCCCCAAAAAUGCAACCGAUAGUACUUCGAAAUUAUCCCGAAAGGAUCGAAUCGGGAAUAACCGGCGACUUUGGAGCCGAUCGAUUCCCAGUGACUUCCGGUAUUAUUUCGAAGGACUCUUGCAGCACGAUUACCGAAAAACCGUGCGCACACGAAAUUUUCGAAUGCGAAAAACGAAUUUCCGGCGAAUUCGAAAUUUACAUGAGAAAAGACGAAGCUAUUUCACGGCAAGACUUUAGCUCAGGCCAGACGAUCCUUGUGAACGUAACGAAUCCGGAAUGUAAUUCUCAAAAUAUCGGUGAAGUUUCUACCUAUUUUCAAAAUUCAACCCAAGUCGCGACACCCUCACAGAUUUUAUUGUCUGCCGUUGACAAUCAUGCGAAGUGCACCGACGGCAUAGGGAGCGCGGGAAUUUUGAAUAAGAGUCCUACACCAACUUUAAAACCAGAGCUGUCGUUACCUGUCAGUAGACUCUGCGACUCGACGCCCGAUACGGCCAACACAGCAACUAGUACGAUCACUGUUCCUACCGUGGAUAACGAGAGACCAAAUUCAACUGACAAAACUCACCGGAAGCACAGUGACAGUAAUAACAACGAGGCGUCAUCGGGUGAUCAUCGAAUUCCCACAGUAAACACUGACGAUCACAGAUGCGAUCAGUGUGGAAAAACUUUCGUGACCCGAGCCUCGUUAAAGGUACACAGUCGCACGCAUUCGGGCGAAAAACCGUUCAGAUGCGCUGAUUGCGGCAAGGAGUUUUCGCAAUUGCGAAACUACAAGUAUCACCGCAGCGUGCACGAGGGUACGCGUGAGUUCGCAGCGACGUGUCCGGAGUGCGGUAAAUACUUCAACGAUCGUGGCUACCUGAGUUCGCACAUGAAGAUCCACCGUAAUCGCAAGGAGUACGCAUGCGGCGAGUGCGGUAAGAGUUUCAAUCAGCGAGUGGCGUACAACAUGCACGUGCGGAUACACACCGGGGUGAAGCCGCACCAGUGCGAUCAGUGCGGCAAGGCGUUCUCACGGAAGAUGCUGCUGAAGCAACAUCUCAGGACACACUCUGGCGAGCGUCCUUAUCAGUGCCAGGUCUGCCACAAGGCAUUUGCUGAUCGAUCGAAUAUGACCUUGCACACGAGGUUGCACUCGGGCCUUAAGCCUUAUCAGUGCACAUUGUGCACGAAGGCCUUCACAAAGAAACAUCAUCUCAAGACUCAUCUCAAUUAUCAUACGGGAACUAAACCGUACUCGUGUCCUAAUUGUUCCUUGAGAUUCUCACAGAGCAGCAACAUGCGUACGCAUUACAAAAAGUGUACUGUCAAUAAUCCUAAUGGGAUACAGGCGAGCGCGGAACAGAGAGCCAACGAUAAGGAUACCGACACAGCAUCGUUGGUCCAUGCGACCAGCAGAUCUCGUAGCGCUGCACUUACGCCACCUAAUUCGGAUCAGGAAUCCGGUAUAUAUACGCCCGUAGGGAGAAUCGUUACGGAAAUUAGGCAAUCUUAGGUAUAUACUGUAUAUGAUUGGUAGUUUUUAACUGCUCUGUAUAGUUGUGUAUCAUACUUGCUCGGUAUGCGUGAUCGGCGCAUAAUGACGAUUCCUUAUUAUUUAUUGUUAUUUGCGACGACGCAUUCCUCUAUCUUGAUGUUUAGGUAAUCAAGUGAAAAUAAUAUAUUGCGCGCAGGCGAACAAGAAGUAAAACUAUAUUAGGAAGAAGAUAUGUCAAAUAAAAAAUAUUUAUAUUAU